CUGGGUAGAACCAGUGGCUCAAGGAGUGAGGGUGGGGGGAGGGGAACGGGUGAGUUUGGCGCAAAGCCUGCUGGGGUAUGGAGUCCCGGCGAGCUUCGUGCGCAUGUGCGGGAAGCUGAGGGGCUUGGGGGGCCUCGCCCUGGAGAGUGAGUUCACUGUCCCUCCUACAGGCACCGCUGACAACCCUGACAGCCCCAUGGAGGCCCUAGCGCCACAGCCAGUGAAGCAGGAGGGCCCUGCUACCGACGCCCUGACACCAGACUCACCCUGGCACCGCUUCCGCCACUUCCACCUGGGUGAUGCACCCGGGCUGCGGGAGGCACUGGGGCUGCUCCGCGCCCUGUGCCGUGAGUGGCUGCGGCCCGAGGUACACACGAAGGAGCAAAUGCUGGAGCUGCUGGUGCUCGAACAGUUCCUGAGCGCGCUGCCUGCCGACACCCAGGCCUGGGUGUGCAGCCGGCAGCCCCAGAGUGGCGAGGAGGCCGUGGCACUUCUGGAGGAGCUCUGGGGCCCAGCAACCUCCCCAGACCAAUCCUCAACAAUGAAGGUCCCCCGGGAGUUGGCAGAAGGCUCCGGGGUCAGUGCUGCGAAGGAGGAUGGUGGGGUGAUAACCCCAGGACCCACGGAGACCCCGGCCCCUGGCGAGGCAACACGCCCAUACAAGCAGGAGCCGGGAAGCCCCCCGCCAGCCCCACUAGCGCCCAGCCUGCCUGCCUUCCUGGCUCCGGGCGUCGUGGCGUGCCCCGAGUGUGGGAAGGCACCCCUUAAGCCAGCGCACCUGCUGCGCCACCGACAGAGUCAUUCGGCCGAGAAGCCGCACGCGUGCCCCGAGUGCGGCAAGGCCUUCCGACGCAAGGAGCACCUGCGGCGCCACCGCGGAACGCACCCCGGCGGGCCGGGGCCUGCGCUGCGCCCACUGCCCGCGCGUGAGAAGCCGCAUGCCUGCUGUGAGUGCGGGAAGACCUUCUACUGGCGCGAGCACCUGGUGCGGCACCGCAAGACGCACUCAGGCGCGCGGCCCUUCGCUUGCUGGGAGUGCGGCAAAGGCUUUGGGCGCCGCGAGCACGUGCUGCGCCACCAGCGCAUCCACGGCCGGGCCGCGGCGGGCGCGCAGGGGGUCGCGGCGCCCGGCCCCGAGGGUGGCGGCAGUGGCGCCUUCCCGCCCUGGCCCCUGGGGUAGCCCCGCGCUCUCCCUGUCCCUGGCCCGGCGCCUUGCACCCCGUGUCCGCCUUGCAUUCCGGGCAUGGGGACCCGGAACCUGGCCCCCAGCCAUCCAGGCUGGUGCGGGCCCCAGGCAGGGCCAGGAAGGCGCGGACGACAACGGUCACCAGCAGCCAGCAUCGACAAUAAUAAAGUGA